AUGUUUGAUGUCACCAAGUCCAGAAGAAAUUUUCGCGAAGUUGAAUGGAAGAAAAUUUUCUCGAAGUUGGACCUACCUGAAGCAUAUUUGUGGGUAAAAGUCGAUGAAGAAUGUUCAAAAUUAUUGACAAUAAAUACCCAUAAAAGGCUGUAUAAAUCUAAUCGACUCCCCUUUGGUAUAAAGUUAGCACCUGGCAUUUUCCAACAAGUUAUGGACAUUAUGCUCACAGGUUCAGAUUUCGCUGUAGCUUACCUUGACGACAUACUCAUAAAAAGUGAAUCUCAUGGUCAGCAUGCUGAGCAUGUUAAAAAUGUCUUUGAAAGAAUAAAAGAUUAUGGGUUUAAGCUCAGCAAGGAAAAGUGUGAAUUUUUUAUGCCAAGAAUAAAAUAUCUAGGGCAGAUUAUUGAUGAAAAUGGAUACAGACCAGACCCAUCUAGGGCGAGUGCAAUACAAAAUAUGCCUCCCCUGAAAAACAUUACAACAUUAGAAGCAUUUUGGGGGCUCACAAAUUAA